AUGGUGUGUGAGUCUAUUUUCAAGCUAUUGAAGAAUGACGCCCCGACAAAGUGGAUUGAAGAGUGUCAGACUGCUUUUGAAGCUAUCAAGAACUAUUUGUCCAAUCUACCAGUAUUGGUUCCUCCACGGGAAAGGAGUCCUUUGUUGUUGUACUUGUCUGUCUCAGAUAGUGCAUUCAGAUGCAAGCUGCGCAAGAGGUUUCGUAAGAUUGAGUUUAGGCACACUCCCAGAAUAAAAAAUGAGUUGGUUGAUGCUCUUGCCACCAUCGCUUUGAUGAUUAAACAUCCGAAUAUAGAUUAUAUUGAUCCUCUGGGUAUAGAGUUGAAGGAACAUCCAGUCCAUUGUUCUCAUGUUGAAGAAGAACCGGACGCUUGGGGUAUGGAUUUCAUCGGUCCGAUAGAGCCAACCGCUUCUAAUGGACACAGAUUCAUUUUGGUUACCCUUGAUUACUUCAUCAAGUGGGUGGAAGCAGCUUCUUACAAGUCGGUAACCAAGAAAUUUGUUGCUAAUUUUGUUCGCAACAAUCUGAUAUGCAGGUUCGGAGUACCAGAGUCGAUCAUUACUAAUAAUGGUGCAAAUCUCAACAGUCACUUGAUGAGAGAGAUAUGUGAGAAAUUCAAUAUUACUCACCGAAACUCAACUUCUUAUCGCCCUCAAAUGAAUGGAGCUGUGGAGGCUACCAAUAAGAACAUCAAGAAUAUCCUGAGGAAGAUGAUUGACAAUCAUUGA